CCAGGACAGCAGCAACAAGUGAUGCCAUCUGUCUUAUCAGCGCUGAGGGAAAACCGUUGGAAACCGUUGGAAAUCUCAAGAAAUAGAAGGGGGAUGCAAGCACUUUUUGGUGAAUCAGUAAAAUGAGGCUGAUUUGUAUUUUUAUCAGCGUUUUUACAUUUUACGAGUGACUUCAAAGUUGUUUUCUAUUUUUUUUUAUUGUUUAAUAUAGCCUAUAUUUUUAUUUGAAUUGCAUUGCUUUCCCCCUAAUGGAUGGGAUUGAAGGCGAAUGACGCACCACACUGAAACUAUUUAAAUGUUUUACGCGUUCUAGUGUGGAGGCGUUUUGGAGUGGUCGGACAGCACACGUCAAGCUCUAGAACCUUUGGAACACCUGAUUCUUCUGUCGAUAACACACGGAUGCCAAGUGGAACUCUUUCUCUCUCUGUUUACAUUUGAUUCUCUUUGGCAACUUUUUCAUUUAGCUCACCAGACCAGACGCACUCUUGUUUAGUUUUUAUCCCAAGGAACUAUUAAAUCGUUUUCCCUUUUAAGGUUUUUGAAAUGACGAGCCAAAGUACUGAGAGAAGUAGGCCUAUAGGGACUCUGGCGUUGCUGCGUUCCGUUUUGCUGUUGGGUCUUCUUCACAUUGGUGCACCAGAGGCGAGGAGGCUACGGGGCAGCCGCGCGCAACACCGGAGAGCCUCGGCCAUGCCGUCCCCAACGUUAACAUACAGGGACCGGGUAGUAGAGGGGACCGGAGCCGGUGAGAGCUUCCCGUUAGACUUCACCGCUGUCGAGGGGAACAUGGACAACUUCAUGACCCAAAUUAAAAACCUGGCGCAGUCGCUGUACCCGUGCUCGGCGCAGAAGCUGGACCAGGACAUGAGGCUGCACUUCUUGGACAAUUCCUCUGCGACGUGUAACGAUGGAUCCCCAGCUGGGUACUACAUCAAGGAAUCUAAAGGCAGCAAGAGAUGGCUGAUAUUCUUGGAGGGUGGAUGGUACUGUUUCAACAGACAGACUUGUGACACCAGGUACCAGACAAUGAGGAGAUUCAUGAGCUCCCUCAAGUGGCCACGCACCAGAACAGGUACAGGUAUUCUGUCUCCUCAGCCAGAGGAGAACCCCUAUUGGUGGAAUGCCAACAUGGUGUUCAUCCCAUACUGCUCUAGUGAUGCCUGGAGUGGAGCCUCAGCAAAGACUGACCAAAGUGACUAUGCGUUCAUGGGCUCAGUGAUCAUUAAGGAGGUGGUUAAUGAGCUGCUUACUAAAGGACUGGACAGCGCUAAGGUCCUGCUACUGGCUGGGAGCAGUGCGGGGGGUACAGGUGUACUACUGAACGUGGACCGUGUGGCGGAGCACCUGGAGUCCCGGGGACAAGGGGAAAUUCAGGUCCGGGGUCUGGCUGACUCUGGCUGGUUCCUGGAUAACAAGCAGUACAGAUCUACAGACUGUCACAGCACCAUCAGCUGUGACCCUACUGAGGCUAUCAGGAGAGGAAUCAGGUACUGGGGUAGUGUGGUGCCAGAGAGCUGCAGACAGACUCACAUAGGAGAGGAGUGGAACUGCUUCUUCGGAUAUAAAGUCUACCCCACGCUCAAGAGUCCAGUGUUUGUAGUCCAGUGGUUAUUUGAUGAGGCCCAGUUAACAGUAGAUAACAUCCACCUGACUGGUCAUCCGGUCCACGAGGGACAAUGGAGAUACAUACAGAAUCUGGGCAAUGAGCUGAGGAACACACUCAAAGACGUCCCGGCCCUGUUUGCUCCAGCCUGCCUAUCCCAUGAGGUCAUCACCAGGAAUUACUGGAUGGACAUCCAAGUCAAAGGAACAUCCCUCCCCAGAGCCCUACACUGCUGGGACCGUGGUCUCCACGACAACAACCUCCACCAAAGAUCCUCCAACAAUGACACCCAUAGCAACAAUCCUAACCCCACCCCCAAUAAGGCCCUGCCCCCAGCUUCCUCUCCGAGGCGCUGUCCUCUGCGUCUGAUUGACAGCUGCCCCUGGCCUCACUGUAAUCCCACCUGUCCCACUAUACGGGAUCAGAUCACCGGACAGGAAAUGAGCGUGAUCCAGUUCCUGAAACACAUGGGGUUUGAUGUUGCCAAGAUGGCCCAGCAACAGGGCAUGGACGCAGGGAGACUGCUGGGGAUGCUGAAUAACGGGAACUGAGCAGGGAGAGACUCACACAGGUAGCUGAAAUGAAACGCACACACACACUCUGACACAGCAGCGCCAUAGAACGCUUUGGUGGAGAUGAAAGGAACAGAAUAGAAACAGAACUGAACUCUAAGCAACAGAACUGAACUCUAAGCAACAGGACUGAAUAAAUUUAAGUUCAAACAACUGACCAAUGCUGAACUGACCAACGCUGAACUGACCAACGCUGAACUGACCAACGCUGAACUGAACAACGCUGAACUCAACAACGUUGAACUCAACAAC